GGCCGCGCCUGCGCAAUGCCUCGCCCGCAACGCGCAGCCGCAGUGCGCUGCUAGCUGGCAGGCCGGAGGAAGCCGAGAAAGGUGAGUUGUAUUCCUUCAGAGCGACGCCGGCAGAGAAGGGAAGAUGGUGCUGGACUUGGAUCUGUUUCGCGUUGAUAAAGGAGGAGAUCCGGAGCUAGUCCGGGAAGCCCAAAAGAAGCGCUUCAAGGACCCAGGGCUGGUGGACCAGCUGGUGCGGGCGGACAGCGAGUGGCGACGAUGCAGAUUUCGGGCAGACAACUUAAACAAGCUGAAGAACUUAUGCAGCAGGACAAUUGGAGAGAAAAUGAAGAAAAAAGAGCCUGUGGGGGAUAAUGAAUCCUUACCAGAGAGUGUGUUGAACCUUGAUGACCUAACUGCAGACACGUUAACGAGCCUGAAAGUGACACAGAUAAAAAAAGUCCGACUCCUUAUUGACGAAGCCAUCAUCAAGUGUGAUGCUGAGAGGAUACGACUGGAAGCAGAGCGAUUGGAAAGUCUCCGAGAAAUUGGGAACCUCCUCCAUCCCUCUGUGCCCAUCAGCAAUGACGAGGAUGCUGACAACAAAGUAGAGAGGAUUUGGGGUGAUUGUACUGUGAGAAAGAAGUAUUCUCAUGUGGACCUGGUGGUGAUGGUGGACGGCUUUGAAGGUGAAAAAGGAGCAGUGGUGGCUGGGAGCCGAGGCUACUUCCUGAAGGGAGUCCUCGUGUUCUUGGAACAGGCCCUUAUCCAGCUUGCCCUUCGAACCCUUUCUAGCAGGGGCUACACCCCCAUCUAUACCCCUUUCUUCAUGAGAAAAGAGGUGAUGCAGGAGGUGGCACAGCUCAGCCAGUUUGACGAGGAGCUGUACAAGGUGAUUGGCAAAGGCAGUGAAAAAUCUGAUGAUAAUUCCUAUGAUGAGAAAUACCUGAUCGCCACCUCAGAGCAGCCAAUUGCUGCCCUACACCGUGAUGAGUGGCUUCGGCCAGAGGACUUGCCCAUCAAGUAUGCUGGCUUUUCUACCUGCUUCCGCCAGGAGGUGGGCUCCCAUGGUCGCGACACCCGUGGCAUCUUUCGAGUUCACCAGUUUGAGAAGAUCGAGCAGUUUGUCUAUGCAUCACCUCAUGACAACAAAUCAUGGGAAAUGUUUGACGAGAUGAUCAACACCGCAGAGGAAUUCUACCAGGCCUUGGGCAUUCCUUAUCACAUUGUGAAUAUUGUCUCAGGCUCUUUGAACCAUGCUGCCAGUAAGAAGCUGGACCUGGAGGCCUGGUUCCCUGGCUCAGGAGCCUUCCGUGAAUUAGUGUCCUGCUCGAAUUGCACAGACUAUCAGGCCCGUCGGCUCCGCAUCCGCUAUGGACAGACUAAGAAGAUGAUGGAUAAGGUGGAAUUUGUCCAUAUGCUCAAUGCCACAAUGUGUGCCACUACCCGGACCAUCUGCGCCAUCCUAGAAAACUACCAGACAGAGAAGGGUAUCAUUGUGCCUGAGAAGUUAAAGGAAUUCAUGCCACCAGGUCUUCAAGAAUUGAUCCCCUUUGUGAAACCCGCCCCAAUUGACCAGGAGCCAUCCAAGAAACAAAAGAAACAGCAUGAAGGUGGCAAAAAGAAAAUGACGGCUGGAGAUGCAGCCCUAGAAGGCCGGCUGCAGAACAUGGAGGUCACUGAUGCCUGAACUUAGCCUGCUCCCCUCCCCAUUCUGUCAUCUCUGCCAGUCGGGAACCCCAGGACCUUGCCCGGGGACAGUGGAACCAAGCACCCAUCCAUUGCCCUGCCCCAUUCCGGCUCUGGAGCUAAAAGAGAACCAAUCUGCUCUUACAGCGCACCUGCCUCUGCCUGGACAUAGGAUUUCAUCUCUGAUGACUGAUAAAACAUGUAAUAAAGAAUCUGUGGAAGGUCCA